CCUGGCUUUAAUAGAGGCUGUCUAACAAGUAAAGUUGCUCCCAGCAGAGCUGGAGAAGGAUUAGACUUGAGACUUUGCUGGUAUGAGCCAUCCCGGAUAAGAAAGCUCACCCCACCGGAUGCAGAUCACAAUUCAUCUGUAAAUUCGAGCACUGGAGAGCUGCCUGGGACGCUGAGGGGAGAAUUUGAAUCCAGGGCUUCUGAUUUCAAGGUGAAGGUGUUCCCCUUCCCUUCUCCCCCCUUCUCUCCCUCCUAUUUCUCCUGCUCUAGCAUCUCAUUACGUGGCCGCCUACGCCACCUGCCGCGGCCUCCGGCUCCCGCAUCCGGUCCGGCUACAGCUGCCUCGACCUCCACCACCGUCAUCAUCAACCACUGCACCUGCUAUCUCCUCACUGCAGCUUGCCAAAGAAAAAGCACCAUGAAAUCCAAAGUGCAGGCAAGGAGCAGCGGCAGAAGACGCCAGAUCCGUACUCGUUCCCAGAGUAAGGCCCUGAAGGCCAAGAGGCUGGCCAGGAAACUGGCCCGGUACCAGAUGGUGGCCCAGUACCAGAUCCUGACCCGGUCCCGGGUAAGGGCAGCCCGACGGGAGGCCGAAGCCAGCACCAGUUCUGAGACAAUGGUGGCGGCCUUCACCAGAUCCAGGAGCAGAGCAGCCCUGAGGGUGCAGGGGAGGAAGGAGACCGGCUCACGCAAGCGCAUCCUCAAGGCCAAGCAUCCCUCUCGUAACUACAGAGUAACUGAUUAUUUCCCUGUCCGGAGGAGCACUCGGAAGAAUCGAGGUGAGCUGCGUACUGAGGAGCGCAUCAGGCUCAAUGCAUUGAUUCAGAGUGGGAAGGAGGAGGGCAUGCGAGUGGGGCUCUUUGAGGGGAAAGGUCGUGGCGUGAUCACCACCAAGCCCUUCCAACGGGGUGACUAUGUGGUGGAGUAUCACGGGGAUCUCAUCGACUUGGCACUUGCCAAGAAGCGGGAGGCCCGCUACGCAAAAGACCCCGACACCGGCUGCUACAUGUACUACUUCCAUUACCGAAGUAAAGGUUACUGCGUGGACGCCACCAAAGAGUCCGGCCGUCUGGGGCGUCUCAUCAACCACAGCAAGAGUGGCAACUGCCAGACAAAGUUGCACCCCAUUAAUGGGGUUCCUCAUCUUAUCGUGAUCGCCACCAGAGACAUCGCAGUUGGUGAAGAGCUGCUCUAUGACUACGGGGACCGAAGCAAGGCCUCCCUGGAGGCCUACCCCUGGCUGAAAUACUGAGAGCAGUUGGCCCAGGGACUACAUUUGGUCCCAGGGAGUAAACUAACUCUGGCCCCCUGGCUGUAGCUCUCACCCUGCCUCAACCACUGACUGCAACUUCACAGAAAUGCCCAGAAAAUUUGCCAUACCUAGCACUUGGACUUUGCUAAUGGUGCCGGCAAUCUACCCUGGCCAAAAUUGUGACUUCAGAUCCACCUUGUCUAUUGACUUGGAGUUUGCUAAUGGCACAGGAAAUGCACCUUGGAAGAAAUUGUGACUUCAAAUCCACCAUAUCUGCUGAUUUGGACUUUACUGCAUGGAGCAAGAACCCCAUUUUGGACAAAAUUGUGAGUUCAAAUCCAAUGUGCCUGCUAAAACCCCUUCUGGAUAAAAUCGGGAUUCUAAAUCCAAUGUGCCUGCUAAAACCCAUUCUGGACAAAAUUGUGAGUCCAAAUCCAAUGUGCCUGCUAAAACCUAUUCUGGACAAAAUCGUAACUUCAAAUCCAAUGUGCCUGAUAAAACCCAUUCUGGACAAAAUUGUGACUUCAAAUCCAAUGUGCCUGCUGACUAGGACUUUGCUAAUGGAGCAAGAAACCUAUUCUGGACAAAAUUGUGAAUUCAGAUCCAUGGUGCCUGCUGACUUGGACUUUGCUAAUGGAGCUUCCUAUCCUUCCUGGCUAAAAGAUUAAUUUUAAUUUCAUCAAAUCAGAUACCUAGAAGAUAAUUAAUUUCAGUUUGGGGGGUUGGUUUUUUUCUUAUGGGUGGGAGGUUGAGAGGGUGUCUUCUUAGUGGGUUACUUCUGAUAUUUUAAAAUCUGUUGAAAUGCCUUUUUUACUUUGCAAAGUUGAAUUGUGGUUUUUAUUUUUUUUAAUUUUGAUCUUCUGUAGAUUCCCAGGCAGGCUUGCACAGGUGGCCUUCAAGUACCCCGAUUUUUUUCUGUUUCUGGUUGUUUUGUGUGUUUUCCAGGGCUACGUGGCACUACUGCAACCUGCUAAUGUCAAUUCAAUUCGGUUUUUCUUUAGCUUCAGGGUCUCCCCCUAUCAGGACUUGCUCUCAGAUCUCUCCCCCAAAGCCGGUAUCUGAUAUGCACCCUGGGAGGAGAAAGGAGGGGCAGGACUGAGGAAGAGAGAGAGAACGUGGGGGAGAACCUGCCACCUACAGAUGAGACCCUCGGAUCACGAUCAGAGAUUAUAAUUUAAAACUCAAUAGGAAUUAUUAAAUAAUAAUUCUAUUCCUCGAGAGGCUAUAACCAUCCCAUUUCAGAUUUUUUUUCUUUUUUUUUUUUUUUGAAUGUAAGUUUUACAACAUUUACACAGUGGAAUAGGAAGUGUAUUCUAUGCAUUUCAUUAAUGAGGAAAAUGAAAGUUCAUUGAGAUAAAAUAAAUGACUUGGCCAUGACUCUAACUUUGUAAAACUUAUAAGGCCAUAGUAUUUUUGUGUUUUUGUUUAUUUUUCCUUGUGUUUUUCCCCUUCUGUUUUGUUUUGUUUUUUCUUUUAUAAUGUGAAAAUGGAAAUAUGGUGAAAAGGAUUACACAUAUUAAAAGGAUUGUUUGCUGCUUUGAGCGGGGGAGUAAGGAAGGGAGGAGAAAAAUUUAGGACCUAAAAGUUUGCAAAAAAUAUAUAUUGAAAACUAUUCAUAUGUUUUGAAAAAUAAAAUACUAUGAAAAAACUUAUCAAAAAAAUCAUAGAAGUAAUGUAGAAGUAACUAUUGUUUAAUAAUUCAUAUGGAGCUUUAAGGUUUGCAAAAGUGCUUUUAAUCUACUGUUUCAUUGGAUUCUUACUACAAUCCCUAUUUAGGUACUAUCACUAUUCACCUUUUACAGGUAAGAAAACUGAGGCAGAGAAAAACUAAAGACCUUGACCAGAGUCACAUCUAGGUUUUCCUGAUGCAUUGGCAAACUAUUGACUACACCACAUUCUGGGGGUGCUGUUUAGAAAUUCUUCCCUCUAGCUUUUCUCUGAUCACUCAUCAGUAAGUCUCUAAUAUUUGCCUUUCCUAUUACCAACUAUACCUGGGUAAUCCAGAAAUAAGUUAUAGCUUUGCAGUAGAAAGUCCCAUUGACAAUGUCCGGACUGCUUAAAGAAGGAGGAAUCAGUCCUUUGUAGAUGUGACCAGAGUCACAUCUAGGUUUUCCUGAUGCAUUGGCAAACUAUUGACUACACCACGUUCUGGGGGUGCUGUUUAGAAAUUCUUCUCUCUAGCUUUUCUCUGAUCACUCAUCAGUAAGUCUCUAAUAUUUGCCUUUCCUAUUACCAACUAUACCUGGGUAAUCCAGAAAUAAGUUAUAGCUUUGCAGUAGAAAGCCCGGACUGCUUAAAGAAGGAGGAAUCAGUCCUUUGUAGAUGUGACCAGAGUCACAUCUAGGUUUUCCUGAUGCAUUGGCAAACUAUUGACUACACCAUGUUCUGGAGGUGCUGUUUAGAAAUUCUUCCCUCUGGCUUUUCUCUGAUCACUCAUCAAUAAGUCUCUAAUAUUUGCCUUUCCUAUUACCAACUGUACCUGGGUAAUCCAGAAAUAAGUUAUAGCGUUGCAGUAGAAAGUCCCAUUGACAAUGUCUGGACUGCUUAAAGAAGGAGGAAUCAGUCCUUUGUAGUUUCAGAGCAAUAUUUAGAUGGCCGUCACUUUAGAAAACCAAGCUGGUGUUUGCCCUGAUUGCCAAGAAAUGCCUGUACACUGUAGAAUGUUCAAAAGCCUUAGAUAAAUAUGUCUCCUUGCUGAAUAAUAUGUCAAGCCUUAUGGGAACUGUGCUCUGCUUCUGAAUAAGUCAUCCCACUUGCUGUAGGAUAUUCUGAAUGAGGUGAAAGGGAUGGCCUAUACAAGCCAAAAUGGGAAUAAUCUGUUGGGAUUUGGGGGUGGGGGUAUGGAUGUUCUAUCUUUAAUGGCUGCAACAUGAUUGUACGGAAAUUGUUGGCUUUCGUUGCUUUUUCCUCACUUAUGUAUGAGUGCUUUAAAUAAAAUACUCAUAGUUCAA